CGGUGUCGUCACGGAGCUGCCAUGGCGUCGCUGAGUGGCCUGGCGUCGGCGCUGGAGUCGUACAGGGGCCGGGACCGCCUGAUCCGAGUGCUGGGGUACUGCUGCCAGCUGGUUGGUGGGGUCCUGGUUGAACAAUGUCCUGCCAGGUCUGAAGUGGGGACACGCCUCUUGGUGGUGUCCACCCAGCUCAGCCACUGCAGGACCAUCUUGCGGCUGUUUGAUGACCUGGCCAUGUUUGUCUACACUAAGCAGUAUGGCCUGGGGGCACAGGAGGAGGAUGCCUUUGUCCGCUGGGUGUCUGUCCUAGGGAACCUGGCUGACCAGCUCUACUACCCCUGUGAGCACGUCGCCUGGGCAGCUGAUACCCGGGUCCUCCAUGUGGACUCUUCCCGGUGGUGGACGCUGAGCACAGCCUUAUGGGCCCUCUCUCUGCUCCUGGGGGUUGCCAGGUCCCUGUGGGUGCUGCUGAAGCUGAGACAGAGGCUGCGGAGCCCCACAGCGCCCUUCACCAGGCCCCAGCCCAGGGCUACCGAGUCGGACAGUUUUCAGCCAUGGAAGCCUUCAGCAGCACCUCCCACCCACCAGCUGGAGUCUUAUAUGCAAAUAAAGGUGAACUGGAGGAAGCCCGUCGUGCCUUGAAAAGCUGGAAUGGAAAUCAGUUAAAUGUUGUGGUGCUGGUGCCUGGCCAAUAGGUGAAUUACACUGGUGGCUCCUGGCCCCUUACCCUCCACAGAAUGGAGCCACAGUUGGAAACCACACUUCCCCAGCCCACCUUCAGGAACGCUCUUGGCCUGGUGGGUCCCCUCCAUCUCUGAGCAAGUGUUGCCCACAGACCCCAAGUGGCCUUGAGCCAUUGAGGGCUGUUCUCUACUCCCCACAGUCCUGGGCACAUGGGCCAGAGGUGCUACCUCCUGUCAGGCCACCUUAGGGUGUGGCCUCACACCGCUGUGCUGCAGACCCGAAGCGUUUUCAGGGCUCCAGGCUGAGACUGAGCAACACACACUGGCGUCGCUGAAGACACUUGGGGUUCCCACCUCAGCCAGGGUGUGGUGGGAUGGGACAAAGGAACCUCCGUCUCUGGCAGGCGCUGGGGCACAGCAUGGCCCAGAACACAACAGGCAGUGUGUGUCCUUGGGACUCAUGCGAUAUCAACUGCACUGCUUUUUCAUCUUUUUGACACCGGAUCUCACUGUCACCCAGG